AUGGUUCAUCAGAACACUCCCGCGGCCUCUGUGCCCUCCACAUCCUCUGAGCCUCCUGACGAGGCCUUGCAGCUCAUCAAAACCAUAGAGACACAGGUUAAGAACCUUGAGAGCAAGAUGACAAUAACUAUGUCCCUGCUGCAGGAGCUCUGCAAGGCCAUCAAGUCGCUCAACGAGGUCCCCCGCCGUGACUAUAGUGGCGCCGGAGGUGCGUCGCACUGCUCUGAUGUGCCGGAGGCUACUGCGGCGAUCUAA